AGCUACUUAACAGUAUGUCUAAGUACACCAGUUUUCCUGAGCUGAAUGAUGAUAAUCCAUUCCAGGAUCCCUCAGUAACCCAGCACAGUACCACCGACUAUCCAACACUGGAUCUCUAUAAUCCAUUUGACAACAGGGCACCUGGGCCUCCACCUCCUUAUGCGCCGACGCCCCAAUCUGCUCCAGCUCAGACUCCACCCAGCAAGCCAACACCCACAGAGCCCAGGAAUUAUGGGUCUUACAGCACACAGCAACCUGCAGUGAAUGCCUCUACAGCCGACCUACUGAGGAAGCAGGAAGAGUUGGAGAGGAAAGCCAGGGAGCUGGAGAGAAGGGAGAGAGAGCUUGACUCCCAAAGCCGCGGCAAUGGAUCCACCCGUCAGAAAAAUUGGCCUCCUUUGCCAUCUUUCUGCCCGGUGGGACCAUGCUUCUAUCAGGACAUUGAUGUGGAGAUCAGCCAGAACUUCCAGCGCAUCGUCACCAUCAUGUAUUACUACUGGAUGUUUACGGCCGGCACUUUGCUCUUCAACCUCCUCUCCUGCGUGGCUAUGUUUUGCGUAGACACUUCUGGGGGUGAGAGUCUGGGUCUGUCCAUCCUCUGGUUUCUGCUCUUCACCCCUUGUUCCUUCGUCUGUUGGUACAGACCUGUGUACAAAGCCUUCAGGAGUGAUAGUUCCUUCAACUUCUUUAUGUUCUUCUUUAUUUUCUUCGUCCAAGUGGUUGUCUACGUCAUCAUGACCAUUGGUAUUCCCAAGUGGGGCUUCAGUGGAUGGAUAGUUAGUCUUGCUACACUGAGGACUAACACUGGAGUUGGUGUGAUCAUGAUCUUAAAUUCUUUGGUCCUCACUGCCCAGGCUGCCUUGGGAGUGGUGUUGCUUAAAAAGGUCCACUCUCUGUACAGGCAGACUGGAGCCAGCUUCCAAAAGGCUCAGGCAGAGUUCGCCACCGGAGUGAUGUCCAACGAAGCGGUGCGCAAUGCAGCCGUCAACGCCACCACCACGGCAGCCCAGGGAGCCUUCACCGGAGCACGCUAGAGGGAGGAAAGACGCGUGGAUUAGUACUAUGAUGAUACACAACGAAAUCUGUUAGAAUCAGUUUAUUACACUGUAACUAAGCAACACUCGAACACUUACACUGGGGCACGUCUUGCUUGUGUGGAUAUUAUACAGUAGGUCUGGGGUAAUGUACUGGAUGUCAGGUGUUUAGUAUUGGGAUAACUGGUUUUCUGGAAUCUUCAAUUGGAUCUGAAUCUUGAUGUAGCUCAAUUCCUUCUCAACACUGGCACUAGGAACAUUUAACUAGGAGAUGCUAACCAAGUAGAUUUAAAUACCCUGACGACACACAAAUUGGCUCUUGGACAGGUUCUUUAAUGAAUGAAUGAAUGCAGUGAACAGUUCUUCUCUCAUUUUGUUGUAUUAUACGCUGAGCCGAUACUACAUUUUGCGUAUCCUAUUAUUCCAGUUAGCAGAGAGAUAUUUAACGUAAAGUCACGGGUUAUUUAUUUGACAGCCAUAGGAAGGACGUUUCUGACUGUAGGGCAUGUGUCGUGAUUAAUGUGCUUUUAAUGCUUUGUUUACCUUCUUCAGGAGCACCAGAGGGAAACCACACUUUUUCUUUGUUAUAAUCCGUCUCCUUCAUUAUAGCUUCAUAGUGGGUGCCAUCAUUGAGAUUCACGCAAUGUGCUGUGAAAUAUAAAUUGCAUUAAUCUCACCCAAGGCCAAUUUGCUACUACAACAGGCAGGCAUGUAUAUUUUAUGUUAGGUAUGGUACCUUCCAUUGUGUACCUUCAUGUGCCAAAAUUAACCUUAAUAAUGUCUGUAAAAAAAAAAAAACAGUGUGCAGUUACAUUACAUUAGUGAUAUGACUGUACCAGCAGUAUUAAUGAACAGGUUUUUUCUUUAAGUGAAGUGUGCGCUUUUAGUGUGGCCUAACAUAUUAAAAACAGUAGGCUAGGAAUACCCUAGAAAAAUAUUCGCUCAGGUGGCACAGCAGUGAAAACACACGCUGGAACCAGAGCUGGGAUCUCAAAUACAUCGUAUCGAACCUGUCGGCUGAGGCUGAGCGGCCACACGAACAACGAUCGGCCUGUUGUUCAGAUAUGGGCGGGACUAAGCCGGAUGGGGUCUCUCUCCCAUGACUGGUGCAAUUACGACCUCUGCUGGCUGAUGGAUGGCGCCUGCACAGGGAUGAGAAAAGAGUGCUCUCAGGGUGUGUCUCUCCGUACACAACGCUGGGCUGCACCGCACUCGUCAAAGUGUAGGUGAUGAGAUGCAUACGGCAUGCUGCCCACGUGUCGGAGGGGGCGUGGGUUAGCUUCGUUCUCCUCAAUCAGAGCAGGGAGAGGAAGCAUGAUGCAAUCUGGCAAUUGGACGCACUAAAAUGGAGAAAAAUUUACUGUCUGACUGUACUGUUGGUUCGUUUAGCCACGAUACUCUGUUAUUAAGGAUGCUUGGUUUGCGCAGCAGUCUAAUACACUAGCUGAUUACUUAUAGCCAUUUUUUUUGUCCAUGAAAUGGAUAAAUCAGGAGAAAAGAGGAGAAAAUGCAAGCAAGGCAAAUACGUUUCCCUAAAAUGUUACUGAUAUGAGCAAGUUAAAGUUGAAGCUCUGAUUAACAAGUUAUGGUGGCAUUAUGCUUUUAAUAGUGGACAGUAGUCUUGAUGAAGUGUGUGUGACUGGGACAGUAGUCAGACUUCUAGUCAAAUUCCAAGUUUGGUUGAUUUUCUAUGUGUAAAUAUGUUAACACAUGCGCUACAGGAAGCUGUAGCCGAUUUUCCCUUUUUCUGCCCGUCAAUCAUCCUCUCACUAAUGCUGGUCCCUGCUCCUGAUUGGGGAGGACGAGGCUGCUACACACCCUCUCCGACACGUGCACAGCAAUCGAACAUCUUAUCACCUACACUUGACGAGCGCAGUGCAGUACAGCGCUGUGUACGGAGAGCCACACCCUCUACCGCACUCCUUCCCCAACCAGCCAGCAGAGAUCGUAAUCGCACUAGUCUGAGAGAGAGUCCCCAUCCGGCUUAAUCCCGCCCCUAUCUGAACAAUAGGCCAAUCGUUGUUCAUGUGGCCGCUCGGCCUCAGCCGGCAGGCAGAGCCAAGAUUCGAUACGAUGUAUUCGAGAUCUCAGCUCUGGUGAACAGCGUGUAUGCUUUACCGCUGCGCCACCUGAGCGACUUAAUGCACAAAUUUAAAAAGCUGAUUGGCACAUUUUCCCCCAAUAUGUUAAAUUACACAAAGUUACGUCACAUUUACCGCUUUGUAGGAUUUUCUUUAAUAUGUUUAAGGCUCUGCGUGGGUGGCACGGUGGCUAAGUGGAUAGCACUGUCGCCUCACAGCAAGAAGGUCUUGGGUUUGAUCCCCAGGCGGGGCGGUCCGGGUCCUUUCUGUGCGGAGUUUGCAUGUUCUCCCCGUGUCUGAGUGGGUUUUCUCCGGGUGCUCCCAGAGUCCAAAAACAUGUAGCAAGGCUAAUUGGAGACACUGAAUUGUCCUAUAGGUACCUGGCCGCUAGGAUGCAUAAACCAGUGCAUUGUAGUUCCAGUCCCAAGCCCGGACAAAUAGGGAGGGUUGUGUCAGGGAAGGCAUCCGGCGUAAAAAAAAAACUGUGCCAAAUCAGCGAUGCAGAUCACUAUCAGCAAACCGACGACCCCUAUCGGGAACUGCAUCACAGUGGCUCAGUGGGUAGCAUGAUUGGCUGACCCCCGCCCCAGAGUGGAGAGCGAACUGACACACGCACCCUCCGACACGUGUGCAGUACCGACUGCAUCUUUUCACCUGCAGGAGGCGAGUUCAUAUGCGGAUCAGCGUUGUGCAUGGAGAGCAACACCCUGAUCAGCAUUAUUCCUCUACUCUGUGCAGACGCCAUGAACCAGCCAGCAGAAGUCGUAAUUCGUAAUUGCACCAGUUAUGAGGUCCCUCUCCGGCUCCCUACCAGGACGAACAACAUCCAAACGUUGGUCAUAUAGCCGCCCAGCCCAGCCGGAUGGCAGAGCUGAAAUUCGAUACGAUGUAUUCGAAAUCCCAGCUUUGGAGUGUUAGCGUAUUUUACCGCUGUGCCACCUGAGCGGCUUAAAAUUGAAAUAUAAAAUAAAAUGAAAAUGUACUUAAACUAAUAUUCACCACUUGCAGACUGUUAUUGGAUAAAACAUAGGCAUGUAUAAUAUGUAAAUAAAAUGUAUGUUAUGUAAUAAAGUAAGUAGCAUUUAUAACACUAUUGCUACAAUGUUUAUGAUUUAACUUAUUAGAUGCUGCUCGCUUUGCCUCCACCGUGCUUCAGCACAGGAUGUCAUGCUACCUAAGAAAUCUAUUAAGUAGCUCAUAGAUUCUUUAAUUUUUCCCAAUUCCCCCCCAAUUCUCUCCCCUAAUCUAGUCGUGUCCUAUUACCCUGAAGUCCUCUAUACUGAUUUUACCCUUCACCGCUGACUGAGGACGCCUCUCAACUGACAUACUGACUCCUGCAUUUUUCACCCGCACGAGUCGAGUUCAUACACCGACGGGCACUGCGUACGGAGGGCCACACCCCCAUCGGCAUUAUUCCUCAGCCCUGUGUAGGCGCCAGCAGGGGCCGCAGUCGCACCACGACUUUCUUACCCUCUAACCCUGAACAACAGCCAAUCGUUGUUCAUGCAGCCGCCCAGCCCAGUCGGAAGGCAGAGCCGAGAUUCGAUACGAUGUAUUCGAAACCCCAACUCUGGUGCGCUAGCGUACUUUACCGCUGCGCCACCCGAGCGGCAGCUCAUAGAUUCUAAGUUCGCUCUUAAUGGCCUGUUUAAAAAUGUACGAGGGUUCUUAAAAAAGUUUCCGCACUUUUUUUUAACUAAUCACAUCACAGUUCUACAGUCACCUUCCGAUGCAUUCUUCCCAUCGUCGUACCAACUUUUUAAUGCCAUCAGCCGCUGAUGCACCGCUGCUUUCACAUCAUCAUCACAUGAAAAUCUUCGUCCCCUUAAAGCUUCUCUGAGCGUCCAAAAAGGUGGAAAUCAGAUGUCGCUAAAUCCAAAUAUAAAAGUGCUGAAACUUUUUGAAGAUCUCUAGUAUUAUGUAUAGAUGUAUAGCUUUAUUCGUUACAAAGAAAGCAAGUUACAUUUACAUUUUCGGCAUUUAGCAGACGCUUUUAUCCAAAGCAACUUACAGUACAGUGAUAGUAUAUAGUCUAAGCAAUUGAGGGUUAAGGGCCUUGCUUAAGGGCAGUGGCAACCUGCCAGUGGUGGGGCUUGAACCAGCAACCUUUGGAUUACUAGUCCAGUACCUUAACCACUAGGCCACAACUGUGCUUAGUGAGGCAUGGUUAGGGUGUUUUACUGUGUUAUUUCUGUCAGUAAAAUAAAGUAGGAUGUAAAUUACAUUCAUCUAUCUGAAAGUCUCACUGGAAAGCCAAAAAUAUUUAGUCAGAGCUGUCAUGUCACAUUUUCUACCUUAUCACACAUUGCUCCCACAUUAUGUAGCCCUUGUUGAUUACAACCUAAAUGCGUAGUCAAGUGAAGAGUACAAUGACAUACAGGAUGUUUUUGGAAAUAUGCAAGCAGUCCCAUAUUUCUACCAAAGAAGUCACCAGAUCACAACCAAUGAUCUGGAGAGCGUUUGCCAAGGUUACAGAUGCAGAUUUAAAUGAAAUAAACCAUUGCCAAAACUAGUGCUAUUGACCACGGUUAUUGAAUUAUUUUGUAGAUGUAAAUGCAUUCAGUGAAGAAAUGAUCGUUUAUACUUCUAAACUGUAUCUGGAAAAUGUUUAGCACUGUUCGCAUAAUGCCUUUAAUAUGAGCUUUUGUAUAAAUAAACUCCUAUACUGCAUUUCCCUAAUACUGUGCUUAAUUUGAAUCCUAAAAGUAAUGUUGAAUGAUUUUCUUUACCAGCCAUAACAUUAAAACUACACUCACUGUCCAUUUUAUCAGCUCCACUUACCAUAUAG